GUAAAUGCAUCAGUUGCGGAUGCGGUUACGGGAGUAUGCAGAUGCAGUUGGUAGCAGUUUUAAAUGUUAUUAAUCGAUUUGUCCGACUGGUAUACCAACGUUAGAUAUUGGUGCGUUUGCAAGAUACUUAUAAUUGGUUGACUACCAAAUACAAUAUCGAUUAAAUAAUAAAUUAACAAUAUUAAUAUUUUUUGUAAUUAUAAAAUAUUUAAAAUCAUAUUAUUAUAAAUAAUAUAAAAACUAUAUUUAUAAAAUCAUAGUAUCAAAAUUUUAGGGCAUUUAAACUUUGGUGGAAGAAUGUACAUUUCAUCAAAUAUCCUAGAUACCCAAACCCAUUAUACGUAUCAGUGAAACACGAUGAAACUUUGUUUUUUUUUUGUAACUGGAAAAAGACUUUGUUGUAUUGGGUUUUUUUUUGGUCUAAAUGUUAAAAUUUGUACAAUUUUCUAAGUUUUACAUUAUUGUGGUGCACAACUUAUUACAAAGAGAGUAGAAAGAGAGAGAUAGUUUAAAGGGGAAUACAUUAACUAAAGGAGGAUACAAAUCAAAAAUAGAGGUCAAGCAAGGAAGGAGGAGCAGUCGAGACUUGAGGAAAAGACAACAACCUGUCUCGCAUACACUGAUCGACCACCCUGAAGAAGGCCUACUGAGAUAGCUGAGUGUUCGUGAAGAUCCUUGCAUUACGUUUGCACCAGAGAUGGUAAAUGAUGACCUGGUUGAGAAGCUUCAUCAGCAAUAUCGCAGGACCUGGUAAAUGUUGUGUUGGUUUAUAUGGAUUAAACUCUGAUAAAACCAUAAAUUUGAUGGGUUUAAUUGUAGAUGGCUGUAGUAUAAGUAGUUUUGGAGGAUGUUGCUUUGCGUGACCAGAUGCUAAUUGGCAUUGGUCAUGAAUACACACACUUGUUUGAGAAUCCAAACCAUUUUAAGGAACCGUAUUUUUUUUGGGAUCCCGAUUAUUUGGACCAGUCUUCCUAUCACUUAUUUUGGUUUUGUUAUUGUGUUUUUCAGAAGUAUUUCAUUCUCAUGUUUCUUUAGUUCGAGUUGAUAUUUUCCUUUUCAUGUUUUAUAAUGAAAUUUAUUUUCAUUAAUAUUAAAAAAAGGAAAAAUUCCAUAAAAAUACCUCAACUAAAUUUUGUUAAGCUUUUUAAUACCUAAACUUUUUUGCUAUCCAGUUUAACAACCAAACUAAUUAUUUUGCUCAUUUUAAUACACUUACUUUUUAAAAUGAGAUCAUUUUAAUACCUAAAGUAUGCUCAUUUUAAUAAUAUGUUUCAAACAAAACUUAGAAAAUCUCUAAAAUUUAAAAACAAAUUGUAAAAUUUUCAAAUUUUAUUUUAACUUUUAAGAAUUAAAGUCAAUAAUUAUGGAUAAUCUUAAACUUUUUCAAAUAUUAGUUUUAGGUUUAAAACUCAUUUAUUUAUUUUAUUCAAAAUGAUUUUUAUAAAUUUUAAAAUAUUAUCCAAAAAAAUUAAUUUAUUGUUAAAAUCUCAAAAACUUUUUUUGGAAAUUUUAAUAUUUAAUUUUGAGUUUUAUAUUUUAAAAAUAUUUUGUUUAAAAGUUAUUAAUAUUCUUGAUUAAAAUUAGUAUAGUUUGAGGAUUAAAAUGGCACAGUUUUAAAAGUAGGUGUAUUAAAAUGAGCAAAAAAUUAGUUUGAGUAUUAAACUAGGUAGCAAAAAAAUUUAGAUAUUAAUAAUCUUAACGAAAUUUAGUUGGGGUAUUUUUAUGGAUUUCUUUCUAAAACAAAACACCUUAAAAUCCAGCCUAUUAGUGGUAACUGGAAAAUAGUAACAAAUAAAAAGAUAUCCUCCUUUCAACUUCAUAAUAAAUGAUACCAUUUAUUUUAAUAUUUUUCAUUUCGCUAUGAAGAUAUUUAUGUAGUAACAAUAUAUUUUUAUACUGAUAUUAACUUAAUCUCCACGAUUUUUAUCUUUACUAUUGAAAAGAUUUGGUUUUAAAAUACUGUAAACUCUAUAAAUGUAUGACAAUUAUAUUCUACAAUAAUAUUGUUCAAUUAUAAAAAUUGUGACCUAGACUAUUAGUAUAAAUAGUAGCACACUUAACUUUUAUCUUUUCAAGAUUCCAAAAAAAAAACAAGAGUAACCAUGUAUAACGUAAAAGAAAACUUUGUAAAAAAUAAUAAAAAAUCAAUUAUGAAAUAAAUAGUUAGGAAAUUUUUUUUAUCAUAAUCCUUUCAAUUUUUUUCAAAAUCAAAUUAAAUAAAAAAACACUUCAAAUCUUUUCAAAUUUUAAAAAUAAAUUUAAAAUCUUAUUUAAAUAUUUUAAAUAGAUCUAAAUGAUUGAUAACCCAAUUAGAUUCUAAACUAAUGAAUACUAGAGUUUAACUCGCACAUCCGUGUAGAUAUUUUUUAUUUUAUAAAUAUAUAACUUUGAUGCUAUCAUAAAUGUUUUAAGUAUAUGUUUUAUAUUAUAAUUUUAUAUAUUGUAUAACUCUAUAAUCUAUUUUUUUGGUUUCUGAUUUGAUAUUAUUAAGAUAUAGUGAUUUGUUUUAUACAUUUUACUUUCUUAUUAGAUAUUAUUACCUACUAAUAUAUUUUCGAAUUUGUUACAAUAAAUUCAUAAUCUGAAUAAUCAAUUAGAAAUUCUAUUUUAAAAUAUGUUUUUAAUAUCUACAUUAUGCAUUGCAUAUAUUUUUAAAAUUUAUUUAUUUAUACUAUAGAAAAUAUUUUCUUAGGAUAAUUUAUAUUUACCUGUUCUGUUAAAAAUACACUUUAAUGUCUGCCAUUGUAGUAUUUUGUAGAAUUGUUUAAGUAAAUAAAUUAGUUAAAAAAAUAUUAAGAAUAAGAUUUAUAAACUAAGUAAAUAGACACAUUGUCUAAUAAACUUAUUUAAAUCUAAUUCAAGCCCACAUAUCCAAAGUGAAACAUUUGCUGAAUUUUUAUAUUUUUAGCCAAAUGUAUAGCUUUAUAAGUUUUUUUAUUAUUCACUUUGGACCUCCAUUUCUCAUUCAAAACCAACUCCGAUUUUGACAUACGAGUACACUACUUCAUAGUGUCAAAUAUUCGGUUAUUCCACGAAUGUCUUCGCCCGAAAACUUUCCAAAAUGGUGUUAAACCAUUUCGUCAAAAGCGAGUUCCAACAUCUCUCUCUCUCAAAUUUUAUAGAGAGAGUCUUAGUUUCGUUUGUCGGAUUUUCUUCCGGCUCUUGACUCCCGGCAGAUUAGGCUUUGACUCUGGCAUCACAUGGCUUCCAAAGAGUCGUGGUGGCUGGCUUCCGUCUCUAGCAUCAUUGUUUUCCUUUCAGUGAUGAUGGCUACUUAUACACCGGUUCAUCCAUUUCCUUUUGUUUUAUUUAGUUGGAUCUUCGCUUCUCUGUCCACCAUCUUCGUUUCAGUUGAGGUUAUUGAUCUUUAGAUUGGAUGGCUUCAGUCCUUCCCCUCUUUGCUAGGGUCAAUUCAUAUUCUUGUGUAUCUUUAUCUUUAAAGAUGAAUAGUUGUUAAUUGUGCGGAUUGGUAGCUCUUUGAUGUUUUAGAUUGGUUUGUUUCCUCGUCUGGUGGCAGGGAUUGUCUCUGUGUAACCCUCAAUCGUCUUUAAUUUGGUCGUCGAAGCGUUCUCUGGCACCAAUGAGAUAGGUCUCCAGUGAAUGGAGAGCUCCAGGCUCCAACUUGAAUCUCUCAGCUGUGAUUUGGAGGAUGUGUCUGCGAUGCUUAACUCAGUCAAUCCCAUCUUUUCUUCUCAAUACACGUGGAAAAGGAGAAGGUUUUGUUUUGUCUUUUUUUUUCUUGAUUGGUUUAGUUGUUGGGCCUUUCAUAGACCUCGUGUUUUUAUGUUAAUUUACCUUUUCAUGGGCUUUUUAUAUUUUUCCUUCUUUGGGCUGUUGUAAUUGUUUUGGUUUUGUGAAUAAAAUACUAGAUGAAAAACAAAAUCUAAUUGUUUUUUUUGUCUAUAGUCAUGGUGUGACAGUAUUCUGCUGUGCCAAUGCUCGUGAAUCCGUGAUUGGUGACUUGACCGAAUAUGUUUCCCGAAUUUAUUUAAAUUGUGUAUUUAAUUUAGCAUAUGUCUUGUUACAUAUUCUAACUUUUUCACACAUUUUAAUAAAACACAUUAAAUUUGCAUAAUUUUUUGUGUUUAUCUUUGUUCCAUAAUUUUAAGCGAAUAAAAAUUUAGUAAGUGUAAUUAAGUUUUUUAAAAUUUGCAGUUAGUUAAUAAAACAUGUCUUGAAAAUGUAAAAAAUAGAUCUUUUUAAAACAAAUAUUUUUUCUAGAAUAUGUAAUAUUAAAGAACAGAUGGAGUACUACAGUGUAGUAUCUCAGGUAGACAAGUUUCAUAUUCUAAUCUAUAUUAAUUUCUAAAUAUGAAUUGCCGGGGAUCUACCAGGAUGUUUCAUAUGCGAGUGUCCUUUGGUUUCCACGUAACUCAUACGUAAAUCACUGACGCCACAAAUCUCGAGUCGUGUCAAGAAUCAUGAAUAUUCAAAGGGCACUUUAGACAUUUCCUGAACUCAAGACUCAGAUCCAUGAACAUAUAUAAAGGCUACAACGCCUCAAAAGAUAUAAACAAACCCAAACAACACUUCACCACUAUCUCAUAAUCUCUCAGUUCCUCUUUCUAACAGCCGUAAAUGACAGAAAUUCAUAAGUACAUGAUCGAGAACCCUAUGUUCGUACCAUACAAGCCAGAAAGACGAUAUUAUAACUCUUCUUCGUUGCUCUCCAUCCUAUUAUCGACACUCACUUACGUUUUGAUCUUUUACGUUUUUGAAAUAUCUCCAUCGUCCGUCUUCAAAGAUACAAAGGUUUUGUUCUUCAUAUCCAACACUCUUAUCCUUAUAAUCACCGUUGAUUAUGGCGCUUUCACUGGCAAGGAGAGGCACGACUUUUACGGUGAAUAUACUGCGGCGGCGGCAGCAGCGAUGAGACUCCGUGCAGAUAGCUAUACUCCAGUUCCCGUCUUCACAUACGGAGAAAACUCUAAGAACAACCGUAACGAUGUUGGAAUUAAGAACACUAAUGAAGAAGAGCCGAUGGUAAAAGAUAUUGUGUGUGUUUCAUUGCCUCCUGAGAAAAUAGUGAGCGAGGAAAAGUUGAGAGAAGAUGUAGCAAUAGAGGAAUACAAAACGGUUAGUGAAAAAAGUAAUGCCGUUAACGAAGAAAAUUGCAAAGCAAGAAACCAUGUGAACCGAAAAUCUUAUGGACGAACUAAAUCAGAUAAACCACGGCGGGUUAAGAUAACCGAAGAUACAAAGGCCAAACGUAGAAGCUAUCGUCGAAGCGAAUCUGAUAGCUCGAAAUGGAUGGUUGUUUCGCAGAAAUGGGAGAAUGUUGAAGAGGAAUCUGAAGAGUUCCCAAAGAUGUCGAACGAGGAACUGAACAGAAGAGUCGAAGACUUCAUCCAGAAGUUCAAUAGACAGAUAAGAUUACAAUCACGAGUUUCGUCUACAUGAUUUAAUUGCUCAUAGUAUAAUAAUGCUAGUAAGAGCUUUUAUUUUUUGUUUUUAUAAAGACUUUGUGAUGGGAUGACUAUUUUUGCAGUCGUCGGUGGAAAUUAAUAAACGACAUGAAAAGUAUCAUAUAAGUGACGACUGUAAAUAUUUGAUCCGUUGUUAGAAACAGUGUACUGUAUUUUAUCCCCUGAUUUUAUCCAAAACAUGAUAGUAUUGGUUAAUUAUGUUACAUGUGUCAAGAUUUGAUUAUUUGAAAGUGAGAAAUAUUUUUUUAAUAAUUAUCCGUUAGAGCUUGUAAACAAAGUUUAGAAUGAUCAAACUUGAGGCCUAUAAUUUUCCUCCAACUUAAGUACAAAGAGAGGAGUAAGAUGAAAAGUAAUAAGAUAUGUUGUUGGUAAAAAGGUAAAAUUUCUUCGAAUCUCCAGACAUUAAUGAAUCUAUUGUCGUUUCGAUAAUUAAUUUUGAAAAAUACUUAAGAUAUGAAAAUGACUAGAAAAAAAUAGAGACAACGAGUAAGGGUUUAACUGGAUUCGGAUCAGAUUUGUAAAAUCAUUUCCACGAAAAAUGGAUCACAAAAAUUAAUCAUUCGAGACUUGGCGAAUAAUUCGAGAGGAACAGCCGGUAUGUGACUGGGCGUCGGGCGUUUGGUUUUGUAGAGCUACUCCAAAAUUUUCUUUCGUCAGCUGGAUUGCUAUGCGUAACAGACUUUCAACCAUGGAUAAGGUUUUGAGUUGAAACAGAGGUGUUAACACGGGUUGCGUUCUUUGCCAACAAGCAUUGGAGACUUGGGAUCGCCUAUUCUUUGAGUGCACUUACACCUCUCAAAUCUGGGGGAAGCUUGCCCGUGAUAUGUUUAAGCGACGUUACACCCAGAACUGGCCGGCAUUGAUUUUGAUCAUAUGGAAUGGAUCAACUGAGAAAAACUUGCAGUUCUGCACUCGUUACGCGUUCCAAACCGCUGUACACACAAUCUGGAGGGAAAGGAAUCAGCGUCAGCACGGGGGCACCGGCUCCUCAUCAAUCUCUCGGAAAGACAAUAGACAAGAGUGUUAGGAAUCGGUUGUUCCUGCUCCAGCGAACUGAUCCUAAGCACUUUGGAAACAUUCUAGCCUUUUGGUUUGGAAGUAGAUAAAUCAUGUAGUAUAGUUUUUCCAUUCAAACCCUGUUGCGCUUGAUGUACCAACUGUUUUUUUUAAAUUAAUUUAACAUUCAUACAAAAAAGAAGCAUGGUUAAAAACAUGGCUAACCUAAUUUCCAUUAAGUUCUUCCUCGUAUUAUACACUAAGUGAUUUUCUGUGCCCAUUGAUAUAUGGUGUUUUAUACAUCUUGUAUAUAUGCUUUUAAAUUGGUUUUCAAGUCUUUAUCGAGUCUUCCUAGUCCUUUUCGAGUCAUUACAGGUCUGGAGUUGCAUUGGAUGGGAGAUGAACCAGCUGGAACAAAAGAGGCAGAAAACAGUGCAAUUUGGUGAUUUUCACGCAGAACAGUCUUGAUGACUGUUCUGGAUAGCGGAGCAACCCGAGUGACUGUUCCGAGGGAGUGUUCCAGCGGCAGAGAUUUUUAAGGAAACAACAACUUAUUUCGGGAUUUGCCCUAAUCUCUCUAUUUUCUCUCCCAGCCGCCUGUGGUUUUGAUAUAUCUUCUUUUUCUAUUUUUCCUUAUCAUACUACGCUAGUUUACAGAGAGGAACCAGACCCAAAAACUCCAUUGUUGGAUUUGCUUAUUGUAAAGGGAGAAGGAUCUCUACACUCUUGAGAAGAAUCCUGAACCCUAUCUCUUUUAUUUUAUUGAUUCAGCAUGUUUUCUUCA